CCUGCAAAAUUGACGAUGAUGUCUGAUCUUCCAAGGGAUUUGGCAGAGGAGGUGUUCUCUAGGCUCCCGAUGAAAUCUCUGAGAGGAUUCCGAUCUGCUUGCAAAAACUGGAACACAUUAUUUAAAGAUCGGUCCUUUACAAAGAAUCACCUUGCUCAAGCAAAAGCAGCAGCAGCAAAGGAGUUUAUGGUGGUAAUGGUGAUAGAGUUUCGUGUUUAUUUAAUGACCCUCGAUCUCCAUGGAAUUCACAAGGGCGUAGACCCAUCUAUGGACCGUAAAGGUAAGCUUAUUAGCCUAGAAGAUUCAGAUGGAGUCGAUAUAUCACUAGUCUAUCACUGCGACGGAUUAUUGUUAUGCAUCGCAAAAGACUACGCUAGGUUCGUUGUUUGGAAUCCAUAUUCGGGCAAAACCUUGUGGCUCAAGCCAAGAAGUCCUCACGAUAGACUGGACUGGUACAGGUAUGCUAUUGGAUACCAGAAUAGCAAAUCAUGCCGCAGCUACAAAAUUUUGAGAUUUGUUGAUGGUUUACAUGGAUUUGAUGGAUUUGUUGAGUACGAAAUAUACGAGUUAGAGUCUAAUUCAUGGAGGGCUCUUGAUGUCACAUCCGAGUGGUUUAUAGAGUUUUAUGCACGUGGCGUGUCCGUCAACGGAAAUACUUCUUGGUUUGCUCAACAAAAGCGUCAAGGCAACAGACAUGGAGAGAUUGCUGAUUUCUUGAUCUGUUUUGAUUUUACAGCAGAGAGGUUUGGACCGCGUCUUCGUCUCCCGUUUCACUCUUAUAUUGGAGAUACUGUGACUCUCUCUAGUGUUAGAGAAGAGCAACUUGAUGUGUUAUUUCAGCGAAAGGAGACAGCACGUAUAAAGAUUUGGGUUACGACUAAGAAUGAGCCUAAAGAGGUGCGGUGGAACAAGUUGUUCUUAGCAGUGGAUAUGAUACCACUCACUUAUGUUCAGUUUGGACCUUCACAAGGAAGUUUCUUCAUUGACCAAGAGAAUAGAGUCGCUGUGGUUUUUGAUAAAGACGAUGAAGAUGAUGAUUGGUUCGAUCGCAACAUAGCUUAUAUCAUUGGAGAGGAUGGGUAUUUCAGACAAGUGGAUCUUGGAAGUUCUACAGAAAUACAUCGUCCAUUUGGGUGCUCUUAUGUUCCAAGCUUAGCCCUAAUCAAGCAAUGUGCCACAAGGAAAAUUAAAAUAGAUUAUUUUAUUUUUUUUUGUCUAUAGUCCAUUUGCGAUUACUCAACAUUUAUGUCUUGU